AUGGUCGAAGGGGAACCUCCUUACUUCAACGAUCAACCUUUUCAGGUAAAAAACAAUCUUGAAAAAAUCAGAAUUGUUUUUUUAGGCGAUGAAAUUGAUCCGGGAUCAACCGGCGCCCACGUUCAGCCGACACGCCAAUGUAAUUUUUUAAUUUUCCGAAAAUACUGACGAGGGAUCACUUAAGAGGAAUUAGGAACUGUGGAAGUGAGUCCUUGAGGGGUCAGCUUGAUAAAGAAGAACCUAGUUUCCUAGCGAUUUUUCGUUAAAGCCUUCAGAAGUACUGGGAAAACGUUAGUGGUCACUUAAGGGGCUCCUUAAGGGCUACUUGGAGAGGACGCUAAAGUGGCCACUAAAUCAAUCUCUAUGGGAGUCACUAUUUUGCGUCUAGUGGUCACUAUAAUGGUUUUUGGUAGUCUAAUACAAUUUAGACUGCUAAAGUGGUCACUAAAUUAUAGUCACUUAAGUGGUCACUAAUUUGACUACUAUAGGGGCCAUUAAAAGAUUGAAACCCUAAAGGAGUCACUCAAAGUUUUCCCAGUAGUUGAGGUUUCUUUGGAAAUUUUUCUAGGCGUUUAUAAAACCAGAAGAAAGUCAAAGUGAUCACUUGAGGGAUGAAAACAGUCCCUUGAGGGAGAAUUUUUCCUAGAAGUUUUUCCAGUAGCCCCUUAAGAGUUUAAUAUAGGGUUUCUUGUAGGAAAUUCCCUCAAAUGGCCACUUUUUAAUAAAUUAUUUAGGGGACACUGUAGAGUUGAAGGAAGUUCACUUAAGUGACCUCUUUCCUAAGCUCUUGAGCAAAAAAUGAAGGGACCACUUAAGAAGAAAAAAAGGAGAGACGACUUUUUCUCACUAAGUUAUCGAAAAAGGUCAGAUUUCCCCAUUUUCAGGUCUCAGAAGAGCUCUCCGACAUGCUGUCCCGUUGCGUGGUGAAGGACGUAACGCGGCGCUGGUCGGCUGCAGAUUUACUCAGGCAUCCGAUGACGUCACGGGCUCAGCAGCCAGCCAUCUUGGCGCCGUUGAUCCUGAGGAAUCAAGCCAAUCCGUAG